UGAGAUCGGGCCUCGAGGUUGCCCUUACAGGUGCAACUUGGUGUGAUGUUUAUGAGUGGACAGUAAAAUCAAAGAAACUGAUGUGCACAGGUUUCAGACUAGAGUGCUGCCUCCACUGGCAGAAACCUUUCUUGCUCUUGCAUUUUUCCCACACAUUGGAUGACCUCAGCAUUGAGAAUGCGUGACAGACAUCAACGCAGGUG